UCUUCGGAUUCAUCAGAAGAAGAAAUUUCUACUGAAGAAAAUGGAAGAGCAUGGCAAAUGCAUCUCUAAACCUAGUUUAUUACUUAGGUUUUUUCGGCGUAAACUGAUUUUUUUUUAGAUUAUGUGUGCUACGGUGGCGUUUGGAUUGGGCAUAAAUAAGCCAGACGUCCGUUUCGUAUUUCACCUGUCAAUCCCGAAAUCCAUGGAAGGGUAUUAUCAGGAAAUUGGUCGUGCUGGUCGAGAUGGACAGUUGGCACACUGUGUCAUGUAUUACAAGUUUUCGGAAUCUCAUGUCCAGCAGAAUCGAGUCGUUUUAAUCCUCGUGUGUGUGUUCCCGUUCGACAACCAACGUCUUGGUGCAGAGCUGACUGAAGUCACCACACCUGUUGACGAAUUAAUUUGUUGAUCAACAGACACAGUCGUUUGUUUCUUCGUUUGUGUGUUCCCGUUCGACAACCAACGCCUUGGUGCAGAGUUGACUAAAUCACCACACCGUUUGACAGAUCGCGUCGUUCUUCACGGGAUAUACGACGAUUCUUCUUGUGCCUGUUUUCCGUCCGACAACCCACGUCAUAUGGUGCAGAGUUGACAGAAGUCACCACUCCUUUGACGGAUUAAUUUGUGGAACAACAACUUUUCACCGACUUAAUCGUUCGAAAUCUUCCUUGAACAUCCAGAAUGGAAAAGUUUGCUAGUACAGUGUCUUCUAAGGAAUAUGAUCUAGAAUUCACAAAGUUGCUAGAUCAAAAAAUAGUUUCAUUGAAAAGUCCUGUGGAAGAUCCUGACAUUGAUCAAGAAACAAAGUUGUUCAAGUGUCGUGGAACUGCUGCAUUUAAGUGCCACCAUGAAUUGGGGCCCUACCAUUUGGAAGUCAAAGGGGAAAAAUGUGAUCCCUCGUACGACCAAUGGGUUCUAAUUUGGAAAUUGCUGAGUUGUUCCUGUGCUGUUCAUGCGGAAGUGAUCGACAAUUCGUUAAAUGAUUUGAUUAAGAAAACAAAAUGGUAUCUGGAGGAUGAUUUAAUGAUUGAGAUAUUGAUGGUAGCAAACUCCAAAAAAGUAAUACCUUUCAUUGAAGAUACUUGGUAUCUGGAAGAAAGUGAUUUGCUCUGCAGUGUCUGUCUAAGACCUGCCCUCCGUUUUUUUUGUACAAAAACAAGAAAAUGCGAUUCGUGUGCAAGACAAAAUUUUCGGAGAAUGUUAGACAAAAUCCAUUAUCCCACAAUGCUCGACAAUUUUCAUGGAAGAAUGCUGACUAUUCCGCCAGGAAUGGAUGCUUUUGUGUUCCCAGUAAAUCGAAUGUCAUCUAGCCGUCCGUGCCCAAUUCAAUACUUUUAU